UUUUCCAUUUUUUGUAGAUUCAAGUCAAGCUCUACUGGUUUGCUUCUCGCCACAGACGUAGCCGCGAGAGGUCUGGAUAUCCCAGCAGUUGAACACGUGAUUCAUUAUCAAGUCCCCAAGGAUCCUGACGUAAGCAUUUUGUCUUUUUCAUUCUUGUCAAGCUUACUAGCUUUAAAGGGAGUUUAGGCAAAGACCGGUAACGGGAACGGCAAAUAAGGAAUAGGUUUUGAUUAGCAAAACAACAACUCUCACGCUUUUUUGUACAUUUCUUUACCGUCACUGCACGACUACGACGUGAAACUGCCUAAUUUCACGUUUUCUGAGUUUAAAUUUCUGAUAUAAGCAUUUUUACUGCAAUGAUUAAGGUUUAAACCUUUAAUUUUUCUACAUUGUGCUGUGUUACAGAUUUAUAUACAUCGCAGCGGCCGUACAGCCAGAGCCAGCAGAGAAGGUUUAAGUGUUGUUUUCGUGGGACCUGAAGAAAUGGGAUCUUACAAGAAAAUUAUGAAGACGCUCAAUGCAGGUACUGUGUCCACUGCUAAACCAAUAAAU